GAGGGAGGGAGACGGCUAUAAUAAAAUAAAUGGGAGGCAAAUUUCCCUAGGUCUGCAGGAGCAUCCCGCAAAAAACGGGGCCUCUCCCGAUUCCAUAGCCACGAAUCAUAUCAUGGGAAUCGAUAAUUGACUGAUCUAGCCCCAUUUUUUUUCUCACACAACGGAUGAGAUCUAAGAAACGUGGAUUCAUACAUCUUUGUGUGUUCAUGUAUUUAUGAUAACUGCACGAGGAUUCCAAUUUAUUUGGUGUUUGUUUAGAAUGGAACACGCUGAAGCAGGCCCUGUAAGAAAAAGGGAAACUUAAGGAUGCUGGAGCAGAACAAUGGAUUUCUCCUUCUCUUUCAUGCAAGGGAUCAUGGGAAACACAAUUCAGCAACCCCCUCAGCUUAUUGACUCAGCCAACAUCAGACAGGACGAUGUCUAUGAAGCUAUCAGUGACCCAGGAGAUGAUGGAGGACAGCAAAACUACGACUCCCCCUUGGAGUCAAGCUUUUCCUACCCUGCUGAAGACCUCCCAGUUAUUACAAACGGUUACCCGGCAGGCGUAGGUACUUAUGAGCAACAGGCUAAAUUUGCCUUGUACUCUCAGUUCCCCAAUGGCUCAGCUAAUGGAUAUGGAGCUAUUAGAAACUAUGGGGAUCAUGGUUUGCUGCUUGGUGAGGGCACGGUAUUGAGACCACCGGUGGUCCAGGAGAAGCCUCUGAACCAUAUCUCACCUCCAACACAUCCCCACCAUCACCACCAGCCCCAUAAUCCUCACCAUCUCCACUCGCACAACCCACCGCUGUUACCUCACCACCAUCACCUGCCUCCUGCUUCCCACAUUAUGCCUCCAGUCUUACCACCACCUCCUCCCUUGCUCCUGCCUUCCUCUCUUCCUCUCCUGUCACCUCAAGACAGCACCGUCUCCAACCCCAUCACACAAGCCACCACCACUCCCAAAAAGACCAGCUCCCCCGAGAUCAAGAUAAAGAUCAUUAAGACAUACCAGAAUGGCAGAGAACUGUUCGAGUCAUCAUUAUGCGGGGACUUGCUGCAAGAAGUUCAGGCUGGUGAGGCUUCCAGAAGAAGACAUGAACAGAAAAAGGAGAAGAGGAAAUGUAGAAGCAGACAUAGUGUUAUAAAAGAACAGGAAAGCCAGCAGCCAUGCAAAGGUGUGGAGGAAAGGUCAGGGAUAGUUUACAGCUCUACACAGCCCAGCGAAGGUCAUGUUGUAUUCAGAGAAGAACAACCUACUUCAACCCUCAAAAGCCCCAAAGAAGAACCUAAGGAACAGCGAAAUGAAAAGCACUGUCCUUCAGUCAUCACUAGCACUGGCUUUUGUCAAAAGUAUGAGAUUGGUGACCUGGUGUGGGCUAAGGUUGGGACUUAUCCUUGGUGGCCUUGCAUGGUAUCAUCAGAUCCACAGUCAAAAGUUCACACACGCAUCAAUACAAGAGGUAAUAGGGAAUACCAUGUGCAAUUCUUUGGGAGUGUUCCUGAGAGGGCCUGGAUCCAUGACAAAAGAACCAGGGUGUACCAAGGUGAGAGUCAGUUUGAUGAGUUGCAAGCAGAGACACUCCGGAAGACAACUAACCCAACAGAGAGACAAAAGCUACUUAAGCCUCAGUCUCAAAAGGAGCGUGCCCAGUGGGAAGUUGGCAUGGGCCAUGCGGAGGCAGCGUUGCUGAUGACACGAGAAGAACGCAAUGAGAACUACACCUUCAUCUACAUUGACAAGGAACCCAGUGUUGAGACUGCUGACACUGUUACCUCACCUAGGGCGACUGGCAAAACCCGUCCAGAACGUAAACAGAGACGUUCUAAAGGCAGUGCCGGAGCAAAAGAGGAGCUCCCACCUCGUCGGCAACAGCCACGGAGACAGUGCAGCAUCAAUAGUGGUGGGGAACCACCAUCUCCAAAUGAGGAAGAGGACGAUAUAGACCAUUGUCACAAAAAACAACCCCAAAGCUCCCCAGAACCAGACCCCCAACCACAGCAACCCUCCCCACCUCCAAUCAGGACACCCUGGAAGACCGCCGCAGCACGCAAGCUCCUCCCACUCUCAAUUACUAUGAAGAAACUUAACGUAGAGAUCAUCAAAUGCGACUGGCAGCUGCCGAAGCAAAAGGUUGACCUGCCUAAAAAAGUAGAAAGUGAGGAGAGGCCUGGUGAUCGUGUUCAGUCACCAGAGGUCUCCAGUGAUAAGGCUGAGGCAGAGACAGGUUCCAGUGAAGAGGAUCGAGCUGUAUCUCCCUUAGGCUGGAGUGACCAGGAAAGCAAAGAGCAUGCAUCGUCGAAAGAGCAGUCCUCAGAGCCUCUAGAGAGAAAACAGCAGCGUAGAUCUGUGCGAAGCCGUUCUGAGUCUGAGAAAAGUGUGGAACCAGUGCCAAAAAAGAAAGUGAAGAAAGAACAGGCGGAUACAGCACCACAAAUGGAUUUCAAAACAGGGUCGCAAAAAGGAGCCAGUGAGAUCUCAGACUCAUGUAAACCACUAAAGAAACGCAGCAGAGCAUCUACCGAUGUGGAGAUGGCCUGUUCCCUGUACAGAGACACAUCUGACUCAGACUCCAGAGGCCUCAAUGACCCACAGUCUGGAUUCGGGAAGCGAUCGGACAGUCCUGCUACGGUAGAUGCUGAUGGAUCUGAUGCCCAGUCAGUGGACUCCAGCCUAUCCCGUCAGGGAGGAAGUUCCUCAAAAAAGGAUACAGUCUGUCAUAUCUGUGAAACUUUUGGGGAUUCGUUGGUGAGCUGUGAAGGGGAGUGUAACAGGCUGUUUCACCCAGAGUGUAUGGGAUCCAACAGUGGGAAAGAGGGGGAACUCAUGUGUAAAGAGUGUAAGACAGGUUCGCACCCUUGCUUCUCCUGCAAGGUCACAGAAGGUGAUGUGAAGCGCUGCUCUGUAAAUGGAUGUGGCCGCUUCUACCAUGAUGCAUGUGCCCGUAAGCAUCCUGGAACCACAGAUAAUAGAGGCCUCCGCUGCCCCCAGCACAGUUGUGCCACAUGCUGUCUCGACAAGGAACUUCUCAAAGCUAGCAAAGGUCGCAUGCUGCGUUGUAUUCGGUGUCCGAUGGCAUUUCACACAGGAGACAGCUGUGUGGCGGCUGGCAGUGUGUUGAUAACACCUCACAUCAUCAUAUGUAGCAAUCACUCCAGUUCCCGGAAGAACGGACACUUCUCCUCACCUGUGAAUGUAGGCUGGUGUUUCAUCUGUGCCCGAGGGCUUUUAGUGCACGACCGUACUGACACCAUAUUAAGUUCAUAUACCUUUAAGUCGCACUACCUUCUGACUGAGUCAAAUCGUGCUGAGUUGAUGAAAUUACCUAUGAUUCCUUCUUCUUCGUCAGCUACCAAAAAGAAUAUUGGGAAAGGAGGAAGACUGUUGUGUUGCGAGGCCUGCCCUGCCUCUUUCCACCCCGAGUGUUUGAACAUGGAGAUGCCGGAGGGGACAUGGCUGUGUGGGGAAUGCCGAGCAGGCAAGAAACCCCAUUAUAAGCAGAUAGUCUGGGUCAAGCUGGGCAACUACAGAUGGUGGCCUGCUGAGAUCUGCAACCCUCGCCUGGUUCCCUCCAACAUUCAGAGCCUGAAACAUGACAUUGGUGACUUUCCAGUCUUUUUCUUUGGAUCCCAUGACUAUUACUGGAUUAACCAGGGAAGAGUUUUCCCAUAUGUUGAGAGUGAUAGGAACUUUGCAGAGGGGCAAGUUGGCAUCAAUAAGACCUUCAAGAAAGCGCUUGAGGAGGCAGCAAAACGAUUCCAGGAGCUAAAAGCGCAGCGAGAAACUAAGGAGGCCCUCGAACAGGAACGCAACUCUCGUAGACCCCCACCAUACAAACUUAUCAAGUCCAAUAAGCCAGUUGGGAAGGUGCAGGUGCAUGUCGCUGACCUGUCCGAGAUCCCGCGCUGCAACUGCAAACCCACAGAUGAGCGUCCAUGUAGCCAGGACUCUCAGUGCUUAAACCGCAUGCUGCAGUACGAGUGCCAUCCGCAGGUCUGUCCCGCAGGUGACCGCUGCCACAACCAAUGCUUCUCCAAACGCCUCUAUACCGACACAGAGGUCAUAAAGACCAAUGGCCGAGGAUGGGGUCUUAAGACCAAGCAGGACCUCAAGAAGGGGGAUUUUGUUUUGGAGUAUGUUGGCGAACUGAUCGACUCAGAGGAAUGCAAGCAGCGAAUAAGACAUGCCAAUGACAACCACGUGACCAACUUUUACAUGCUGACUCUUACUAAGGACCGUGUGAUAGAUGCAGGACCCAAAGGGAACUUAUCACGCUUUAUGAACCACAGCUGCAGUCCAAACUGUGAGACUCAGAAGUGGACUGUGAAUGGGGACGUGCGAAUUGGGCUUUUCACCUUGUAUGAUAUGGCUGCUGACACAGAACUGACCUUUAAUUACAACUUGGACUGUCUGGGUAAUGGGAGGACAUCGUGCCACUGUGGAGCUGAGAACUGCAGUGGUUUUCUUGGAGUUAAGCCCAAGAGUGCAGUGGUUAUGGAAAGGGAAGAGAAGGUGCGCAUUGCUAAACUCAAACCAAAAAAGCGCAAACUGAAGACGGAGAGCAAACAGACCCAUGAAUAUUUCUGCUACUGCUGUGGAGAGGGAGGAGAGCUGGUCAUUUGUGACAAAAAGGAUUGCCCAAAGGCCUACCAUCUCCUCUGCCUCAACCUGACUAAACCUCCAUAUGGGCGAUGGGAAUGCCCCUGGCACCAGUGCAGCGUGUGCCAGCGCGCCGCCACUUCGUUCUGCCACUUCUGCCCUGCCUCGUUCUGCCGAGAGCAUGAGAGAGGACAGCUGGCAGUGUCUGCCCUAGACAACCGGCUCUGCUGCUCAAACCAUGACCCUCGGAAACCCUUAGUACCCCAGGCUAACCCUAAACGGGUCACAAUAAAGAGGGAACCUCUCGAGCCGAAGAAAGCUGAAAAGGAAGGAGAUGAUGAGGAGGAGGAAGAAGAUGAGGAUGAGGAGGGGGAGAGAGAGUGACUGGGCCAAAGCACUGAGGAGAAAUGAGGGACGAGAGCUUCAGCAAAACAGCUCGAAUUACAACAAGAAUGAACCUUAGAGUAGCCACAUACAGCAAACUGGUUCUCUUUUCAGUAAAAACAAAGCAGACUUGAUAAACUUGGGUCGUUGUCCAUUUCAAAUACACAGCAGCUGGUAUGAUUUUUUUUUUUACAUAUCAAUUUAUGGCCUCACAUUAAAUUCAUAAGGAGUGCUUAUACAUUACAAUGUAAGCAAUUCAUCUCUGGUUUUAUAAACACAACUUUCACGACACUUUAAUAUUUUUCAGAUGUGCUCUUUCGACAAAAACCUCUUGGUUAAAACGACGCCUGUCAAUGGCAAACUCGGUUUCAGUGUCUAUGGCACUUCAACACUCUAUAAACACUUUAAACCAAGAACUUUAUUUAUGUACCUCAUGUAAAUAGCAAAGACUGUUGUAAUAUGUGUAGGGUCAAAUAGUUUGCCCUUCACCGGUAGGAUUUCACUACAUGGGCCUGUUGUGGUAACAUCGAAAAACGAGACUCAUUCAAGUAAGGUUUAAACUGCCGCCCCAAUCCAGUGAGUUUGUGAUUUGUAAGAUAUAUAAUCAGUAAUAUAUUUAUGUCCAUGUUUACAUCCAUUCACAGUGUACAGUAUUAUUCAUCUGUAUUAGUCAAUUUGAUAUCACUAAAUGUAAUGUUGUAUUUGUGCCCUUUUUUGUCAGCAGAUUUACAUUAUUGCUUGGCCAGUGCUGUAUUGCAGUCAUCUUUUGGUCAAUCAUUUCAGAGUAACGAGUUAUAAGUGUUAGAAAUAACUAAGUCACCUGCGAAGAACAGUACUGAUGUCUACAAACGGUGUAGAGUUAAGCAGCUGUUGGCUCAUUCGUCUACAUAUACUCUAACACUACCAUGUCUCUCUUAAAUAGAAUAUUUACCAUUGUGAGUGCUGAACAGAUGCCAGUGUCAUAUCAGUUACAAAGAACCCAUAUCAUGUUUCAGAGCAAACGUUAGUUGUACAAUCUUUGAAUAAUGUGAUUUUUUUUUUCUUGAUGUUUAUAUUUGGUUCCCCCACAUACAAGUGUAAAUAUAAUCAAACUUAGUUAUUUGAUACACGAUAAAGUUGCCAUUGUAUUCAUGCCUUUCAAAUCAUCGUAUUUCAUGUGUACAGUAGAGAUGAAUUACAAAGGUAUCAAACCAUACCUUAACCAGACUUUCACUGAUCAUGUUCAGACUGCUCGAUGUUUAGCAUCUUUCUUGUAUUACGUUUUGUUGUAAUGACAUAUGCUACUGUGCUAAAAGAUAACUGUCAUUGGGCUCGGACGUAGGGAGGGCUGUACGAAUUACGACAGAGUGUUGGAUAAUCCUCUCUGUGACAUCUACUUGAUGUGAAUCUACUUAAUAGCUUUGAUCUUGGAGAAACUUCCAUGUCUUUGUGUUAAGGUGUCUUGAGAUCUCCUAAAGUGGAGUAGCUACCGUGCUAAGUUACUGAACUGUUGCUCUCUUGUAACUGGUGGCUGUACAGUUUGAACUGAUUGAAGAAUUGAUCUUAACAGCUCUGUACUUGCCCAUUAGUCAUAAUAUACAUUUUACAUAUAGAUCACAUUGACAGACAAGUAUUAUACAUGAUGGCACCACCAAGUAUGUUUGUCACUUUAUGGAAAGGAGGGAAAGCACUGCAAGUCUCAGUUUACUUGAAUUGUCCCAUUUUGCCUUUGUUCAUUCUCUGUAUUUAUUGCUCUUUGUCUCAAAGCGGAGCGUUAUUGGUAGAUAAGACACUUUGAAUUUUUUACUUAAUAGAUUCUUAUACAUAACGGCAAAUUUAAGGAAUUCUGACAUUUGGAGAUGUUACUGCCAAACUGAGAUUUGCGUUUCUGAAAAUACUGUAUGCUCUUACUUGCAUCUGCAUUUUGUUAUUUUGUGUCUGUUAUGAAUCAUGGAAGGCAAUUCAGGUGUCUUUUUGUUUAUGUUAUGUGUUUCUCUCAUUGUGAUAUGUUUAUAGUGUACAUUUAUUUGUAUAGAGGUUUACUCUUACUUAUAGAUUCCAUGGGCACUUUUUUUGUUCCUAAAAUACCAAUAUCUGCCCUUAUGUUUAUAAUGAAAAAUAUCAAGAAAAUGCUGUUUGGCAAGAUGCAAAGCACACUUUUUAUUUGCCUGAUUACAGUCGGUACUCGAAGUUACUUAUUUUCUUUAUUUGGCCUUAGUUGCUUGUUUAGGCAAUUUCUGUAUCAAUAACAUUUUGUAAUGACAAACAACUUGGCUACUAUAGAAAUUGCAUUUACUUCAGUACCAUUUGUUUAUGCAGUGGCUCAAUCACUGAUUUGACUAAUUGAUUUGUUGCUAUAUGUUUUUUGCCGCAUCAAAUGUUAAAAGUGUAUAACUUCCAUUGAUUCCAGUGUUUGGUGUCAGUGCUCUGUACUUUUUUAUGUGUAUAUGAAAGUGUCUUUAUCAUUUUGUGCUCUCCAAGCAUGCCCUUUUGUGUUGCUUAACUAAUUUACUAAAGGCGCUGUCCUACUAGCUUACACUAUUUGAUUUUAUGUACUGUUUUCACAUUCCUUUUUAAAUAGACUCUUUACUAAUUCUUGCUACUGAGUUAGAGUUUGUGUAAAGCUUAAUGUGUUAUUGUAAUAUUUUCACCAUGCGCAUUGAAUCAAAUUACACACUCCAACUGAAUAAAACCUGUCCUAAAUUAUAUGGCUUGGGUAGAAUGUAUGUCCUCCAAGUUUUACAAUGAUGUACUCAUGAAUAGAGAUUUCUUUGGCUAUGUGUCAUUGCAUUGUGUAAGAGAAUGAUGCUUGAUAAAUUCUACACAGCUGCAAAAAAGAAAACCAAAACAAACCAAAAAAAAAAAAAAAAGCUAAAUUGUCAUUAUAUUGUGGUGUCAUACGAAUGCUUGUAAAAUUGCUUCUGAAUGUUUGUGAACGUAGAACUAUUUUGUACAUUUAUUGUAUUUUAUUUGACCAACUUUUGAGAUGUAUUUCUUUAGAAUUCAUAAUUUAUUAUGAGAGUACUUUUAAGCGACAUUCCACAGAUUUAAACAUUUUCAGACUUGCCUGGUUUGACUUCAAUAAACUGUAAUGAAUGU